AUGUCUUCAGAAGUCAAGAUCAUAAGCGACUGCUCAACGAUCACAUCGGCAACGGCGGAAUAUGUACCGAAUCCAAACACGACAUGUAAUUCGCGUUAUCCUUUCAUCUAUUGCAAUGCCGAGUUGUCAGCGUAUUGCACGCAAGACGAAUGCAUCGACGAGUUUGAGUGUGAGCGGGAGGAAGAGUUAAGUGCAGCCAGCGACAGCGAGGAUCAAGUCACGUCAACGUCUACAAUGAAAAUGACCACGAUUUCAACGCACCCAGGGACAAGACGUACAACAGCAAAAGUAAAAACAACAACGUUAGAACCCACUAAACCGACAGCGGUUGCAAUAACUGCAACAACAAAAACAAUAGCAACAAUUCCAAUAAUCUCCACUCAAGCCACAAAAACCAUUACUACAACUACAACUACCGGCAAUCCAACAAUCGAGCCCAAUAUAAAUCCAACAACAAUUGAAGCACUAAAUAUUCGCCAACUUUGUCGUAUUGGCAUUACCGAAAACUAUCCGUAUAUGAGAAAUUGCCGUUAUUACUAUCGUUGCACGAAUGGUUAUUUACUCUUUCAAGAGUGUCCUUACCUAAUGUCCUUCGAUGUAUAUAACGGUUAUUGUAAGCACGCCAGAGAGGCGCGUUGUCUGAAGAGGAAAGGCAGAGGCAUCUGCAAAGAGAAGGAGCAUGAGUCUGAAAUACGCCAGUAUAAAGAACUUGAGGAGAUGGCCAAUCAACAUAUAGCGGAACCCCAAAUAUCAUGGGAUAAGUCUCCUCAAAAUUAG